AUGCGUUCUUCCCUCAUUCCAUCAGGGAUGCCCAGGCCGACCACACUCCCUCCAAUUUCUGCCAAACAACAGCAGGAACAAGUAUCUGAGGGUAUCGAGCAAUUCGAGCUGCCAAAAUCCCUCGUUACCAAAAUCGCCAAGUCUGCAGUGCCGCCGGACGUGAAGCUUCAGAAGGAUGUCGUGCUCUCCUUAGUAAAGAGUUCGACAGUGUUUAUCAACUUUCUUGGUGCUGACAGUGCACACGAUAUAGCGCUUUCCAAGCAGCACAAAAGCAUUUCUGCAUCCGAUGUACUCAAAGCUCUAGAAGCCGUAGAAUUCGGCGAUCUCGUAGACCCGCUUCAAAGGCAACUGAAAAAGUACAGGAACUCUGCAAAGUCAGAGAAGAAGAGAGCUGCCAAAGGGAAGUCUUCCGCUGCCGCCGCCGCCGCAUCGGCGCCAGCCCCAGCUGGUGGCCCCUUGUCGAUAUCCAUCACGCUCCCUCCGAAGGGUAAGGACAAGGGGAAAGCAAAAGAGGUAUCGAUUUCCGCUCCCGGUCCUGCUCCUGCCUCGGACGCUAUGGACGUCGAUGAUCAGGUAGCAGACGUGAAGGACGAUGAGAUCAUCGAGGAAGAGGAAGACGAGGCAGAGAUAGAGGAAGAGCCGGAGGAUGUUAUGGAUGAAGAUGAGGAAGAAGACGAGCUAGUGGAUACUGUUGCUCUGGAAGAAGAGGAAUUACGGAAAGAUGCCAAAGGUUUAGACGAAGUGGGGAUGAAAGAUCGUGAAGAUGGCAUCUGA